CUGGUUCACCAAAACGCUUUACGCUUUUACGCUUCUAGUUCACUACAUGAGUAUUCUAUUCCUGAAAAUAAUUAUAAAAAGUAUAUUUUAAAGGUAAAUAAAAUCACAAAAAUAUUAUACAUUGGAGAUUAAAAGAUACAUAUCAGGUACUUGGGUGUAUUCUUAGCUUCAAUAGAGUAAUCUAAUUCACCAGCUAGGCUCUUCCCAAAUUUACUAGCAUAAAGGGGAAGGUAGCUUAUUGUUAUAUGAACUUAUUGUUAAGAUGUUAUGAGUUUCUCAACUUUAGACAUGCAUUAUAUGUAUUUAUUAACUUAUCUAAGUUAUGUGCACUCAUAUUUUACAUAAUAUUGGUCGAACUUAACACAAUUUUUUGUUAUUUUACAGUAUGCGUAAAAAACUUACGUUUUUACGUUUUGAUUCUAUGCUUUACGAUUUUAUCCCUUUUUCGCUUCUAGAUAGAAUCGCGCUUUUGACUGCAUUGGUCGUCACAACAACCCCUUAUUAGAUAUUAUGACAACCUGUUAUAAUGUUAUUACAAAACCAUUCGUCACAACUGUACAAUUUGUCAACAUCAUAUCAAAAGUUGCAUUUAUCGUGACAAAUUUUGGAUGUAUUAUGAUUUAUGACAAAAUAUCUCUUUAUUACGACAAAUAUAUUUGUCAAAAUAGGGGUUUUAUAUUGACAAAAGUUGGACAUCUUGACAUUGAAAUAUAUUGUGACAAGAUGUCAAAUUUUGUCAUAAUAAAGUUGUUUCAACGAGGUAGUUUGGACGAAAGUUGUGACAAGUAAUUUUGUCAUAAUAAAUUUAUUGUGACGAAAUUUAGACCUAUUAUGACAAAAUAAUGAUGUCACAGAAGGCGAUAUUUAGACCUGAAUAGGUGAUGAAAACUUAAUUAAAUUGUAGAGGAGAAAGUAUAAGAAUAAAAAAGUAGAAACAAAAUAAUAAAAAACAAAUAUUAGAUAUGAUAAAUUGAUAAUUUUUUAAUCUAAAAUUAAGUUGAUGGACUAGUAUUCAACCGACGUCAUAUACUAUACAUAAGUUUUACUGGGAAUAAUUUACCAACCAUGAAUAUAAUUUUAUCAUGCCAUCUAUUGCUCACAUACACAUGGUAAAACAAAGAAAAGGUACAAUUGUUUUUUCAAGUAAUAAAUCAUUUUUUAGUGGUUGUUAAUUAUAAUUUGUUUCUUUUACAUACCAUCCAAGCCACCAAGUCCACUCUCAUGAAAAAAUCCGCGUGGAAAGAAAUGAGGCAACUAUGUCAAAUAGCCACCGCCCAUUAGGGGAGGCCGGAUCCAUAAUUAAGUGGGGCCCUUAGUCACUUGACUAAGGCUCUUCUAGCGCUUAGAUCUGGACACACCAAUCUAACGGUUAAAUAGUGGGAAGGAAUUUCAAUUAGUGACAUGGGUAUUUUGAAUAUUAUGAAAAAUUACGAAGUAUACAAAUCGGACUUACAAAGAGUACAAACAUUACAAACUAGAGCGACAAACAUAUGAACAGAUUUACAAACAAUACAAAACAAAUUAACUAUACAAACAAUACAAACUAGAACGACAAACAAUAAAACUAUAAAAAAUGAAAAAUCAACAUGGUUGACUUUGGAGGCUUCAUCCCUAUAUAGAGGGUUUUCGUCCCAAAGUCAACCUGGUUGUUUUAUAGACAUACAAACAUUACAAACAUGGUUGACAAAAAUGACAAACUAGACCGGCAAACCAUACAAAAUGGAAAAAAUACCUGGUUGACUUUGAAUGCUCCAUCUCUAUAUAGAACAGUUGCGAUCAAAAGUCAACCAGGUUGUUUUUUAGACAUAAAAAACAUUACAAACAUGGUGGACAAAAAUAACAAACCUUACAAAAGAUACCAACAAACAUUGCAAAAAUAACAAAACUUAGAAACAUUGCAAAACAAAUCGACAAACAUUACAAGACAUACUAACAGUACAGAAUGCAACUAUCUACAAUACAAAUCAGUAAACUUUUAUUACAAAUCAAUGAAUACAAAUUAUACAAACUAGACAAACAAACAUUACAAAUUAUAAUAUAUACAAAUUAGUCAUAUAAACAUUACAAACUAGAAUGAUAAGAGAAACAAACAAAAUCGAUACGAACAUUACAAAAUAGUUUGACAAACAUCACAAAACUUUCGCUGUCGCCGGAAAAUCUUCAACGCCGGCAUCGAAAAAUUCUCACCACCGAAAAAAUGGACGACGUCUCUCUCUCUCUCUCUCUCUCUCUCUCUCUCUCUCUCUCUCUCUCUCUCUCUCUCUCUCUCUCGUAUUCUGGAAAAAAAAAAUCAAUCUCCCCUGGCCAACCCCCCCCCCCCCCCCCCCCCCCCCCCCCUCGGCUUCCGCUAGGACGCUAGGAUAAAUUCCCCAAUGAAAGGAAAAAGGGAUGUCGGGAAGGGAAUUGGCGCUAGCGAGGAAGAGACAACUGGCACUGGCAAGGAAGCCGACAGAAAGGGAUGCGAGAUUUUUUUCUAACCGACGGGGAAGGGACGUGAGGGGAAUAAUAUUUUUAAUUAAUAAAUUACUAGAAGCCAAACCCGAUAAGGACUUUCGGUUUCCGGUUACCCAAAAUCCAAACAUUUCUUAUCGGGUUCGAGUUCGGUUAAAGCAAAAUCGAAACCCAAAAUCUCGAACGCCUAAGAAUACGGGUUGAGUGCUAUUUCUUGAAGGUUUUCAGUCAAAACCCGAAAAAUCAAUAAGCAAAAUCGAACCAAAAAAACCCCGAAACACGAAACAAACCCAAAUCCGAAAAAUAAAAAAUGUAUCUAAUUGGGUCGGUUUCGGGUAAACCCGAAUGGACACCCCUAGGUUCAGGGCGCCUAUGAGACAGAUGUUGUCACUAAUACAAGGAGCACGGUUGCUCGAUGGCGGCGAUGGCAAGUGAGCAGGUUGUCGACCUUGACUUGGAGCAAGGCAGUGAGGCGGCGGAGGAGACUAGGCCGAUGUCGGUGUCGUUUGUUUGUGGGAUUUGAGUGUUGUAUUUGGUACCCAAAUACCAAGCAUUAUGUAUUUUAUGAAAAAAAAUUGUUUGUUGAGGUAUACAAAUCCGUGGACCCCACGUAUUUGCAAAUACCACAUUUCAUUUGAUAUUUGCAAAUACCACACUAUGGAAGGCAAAUUUUUGAGACCCAAAUAUCAAAUGAACUAAAUCCAUGAUAAAAAUUCAACUAAACAAACAAUGUUAUCUUUCAAAUACAAAAUGCAAUAAAUCCAUCAUAAAUCCAAAGGUUUUCAAAACUCAAAACCUUCAUUUUCAAAUCCAUCAAGCAAACGAGCCCAUCGUUUUAUUAAUUGUGAAAUUUUAAAUAAAAUUGCACAAAUAAAAUAUUUAGCUUAUGUGGACGAUAACUAGUGCCAUGUCAUUAAAAGUGAAUAUGUCUUGACUUCUGUUAAGUUAAAUCGUUAAGUUUAACUGUAAACAGAAUACUCAGAACACAAAUUACUUUGGCUACCAAUAGGUUGAAAUAUUACUGUAGUUAUUGAAAUUACGUAACACAAAUGAUAAUUUUGCUAAAGUUAGUAAUUUUUGGUAGUAUAUUAACCCAAAAUAAAUCAAAUCAAAUCAUGGCAGAACUAAGCUCACAAUUUAUCAAAUAUGAAUAACGUUCAUGAAAGAAGGAAGAACUCUAGUACUACUUUCCAUCUCUAUUUGGCCAUUUCUAAAUGAAUCAUAUAUGCACGCUUCUGUUUUCUUUCCUUCUUGUUUGAUGUCACUAUGCAGAAGCCGAAGUUAAACAGAGAGACGGCAGGUUCACUAUUAUUAAAUGUGAAUAAAUUAAGGCAUCUCAAAUGAUUAAAUAAGAUGGCAAUAAGGCAAAUUGACAACAAUGAUCUCCAAUGGUUUUGUCAAUUACGAUAAUUGGUUCCCACAAAUCCUAGACAAUGAAGUUCUUCUUUCUCUCCUGAUCUCACGCCACAAAAGGCUCAAAAAUGAAGGAAAAGAUGACAACUCACGUAAAACAAUUCAAAGUAUAUACAAAUUUUCAAAACAUACAACUUCUGGUAAUGCAUGAAAUAUAUAUUAUCAUAACAAAAAUACUAACAGGCUCCUGCCGGCCUUGCCUUUUACCAAGUUAAAACAUUUUAUUUUAUUUUCAUUUCAUUUCUAAAUGAAUAAUUAUUUUUUUAUGUUGGUCAUUUGGAAUCAUUUGAAGAUAGUAAUAGCCGAUACCGUUUUAUAAUUGCGAUGAUCUUUUGUUUCACAGUUCUCAUUCCAGUUUAUACAAUAAUCCGAUUGGGUACAGUUGGUUUAAAACAAUAUGUAAAAAUGUGAAAAAAAUCAUUAACGUCAUAAAAGCACAUUUGAAGAGAAUCUAUUACAGUUUACAUUCGUACAAUGUUCCAAACAAAAUAAAAAAUACUCAUAUUUAAAUAUAAUAUUUAACGUUCACGUCCAAAUAUUUAUACUUGAAUCCAAAAAAUAACAUCAACAUUUAACUUACAAUAUCAUGAAAUAAAUCACAAAUUAUUUUUUUUGUUAAUUAAAUACACUAAAAUGAAGUCAUUUAGUUUUAGGUCAAAAAUUGAUCACGUUAGUCAUACUAGUAGUAUUCUAGCCGGUUUCAUGACCAGAACCAAUUAUACCCAAUAUUUGAGAAACUCUACCAUACACGCCAACAUGACAUAAAUUACAGGAACCUAAACGGUAGACAAUUUUAGUUGUACGAAACGUUCAACCACGACUCAACCGUAGUUUUAGUAAAAGUACCCUAUAAUGAACUUUUUCGGGUAUAAUUUUCAAUACGAUUUCCCAAUCAUUAAGUAUACCAGGUUCAACCAACUGACAUUCCACUGCGGUGACAACGAUAUUUGUUUAGAGGUCGGAAAUUGGUCAUUCCAGUCAUACCUAUGGUAUCUAGCCAGUUUCAUGAUUGGAACCGGUUAUACCAAAUAUUUUUAGAAACCCUACCGUAUCGAUUGUCUGAUCGAAAUUACGGGAUCCUAAUCAGUAAACGAUUUUAGUUGUAAGAAACGAUUAAACCACGAUUUUAUUACAAAAUACCCUACCGCUAGCUUUUUUUUGGUAGAAAUUACUGUACGAUAUCACAAUCAAUGAUCAUACCAAGUUCAAUCAACCGACAUUCCACCGACGUGACAACCAUGUUCGUUUCACAUUACUUUGCGGUUUGCACAUUUUUUUCUGUAUUAUAAGUUUAUAACCCAUUUUAAAAAGUAUCACAUCACAAAAUAUUCACAUUAACAUUUUGUUUUAAAAACAUUCUAUAGUUUAUUGACAAAUUAGAAAAAGGGUUGCACCCAAAGCUUUUCCAUUGGAAAAAUCGGAGGCAGGCAGGCCAGGCCGACUUGGAAGCAUGAUGAUUGAUAAUACCAAUUACCAACAGGAAAAGGUAAUGUGUAUUUUUUAAAUCUUUUUCAGAUUUUUUUUAUAUUAUCUAAACCUAUUAAAAUACUAUUAAUUAGUCAAAUCUUUUGUAAUGCAUCAAAAUAUUAGACACUUAGGUUAUCGUUAAUAAUUUUGUAACUCUUUUCUUAGUUAAAUACUAAAAUUUUGGAAUAUUGACCUUCAUGUGUCUCUUCCAAGUCAGUAUCAUGUUGCCAAGUCAAUAUUACUAAUAAAAUUGCUAAGUGAAAGUUAACAUUUGGUUAAUUCUUAGUAUUUCAAUAGAUUUGGUUAAUAAAAAAAUCCAAAAAAAUUAAAUAAAAAAUAGACAUUACAAAAAAAUAAUGAAAAUAUUUUAUUCGCCUACCUUUUUUUGUAAUUAAAACCGAGAGCAAGGAAAGAAAGGAGGAGGCGUUUGUGUGGUGACCACCACUCUUUAUUACCAAGUCCACAACCACCAUAGGUUUCUUUCUUCCUCAUCAGCCACUUCCAUUCCUAUAAAUCCAAUCCCUCCGCCGCGCCUCGUCCCUCUUCUCUCUCCACCACCUUCCUCUGCUCGUCGCGGUGGCGUCCUUCUUCCCAUAAGGUCUUCUCUUCUCCCCGGAGGAUUCCAACAGGUACUUUCUCCUCCGCCGUGGCUUUGCUUUCCUGCUCUCUUCUUUACUACGGCGGCUCAGAUCUGGAUUUACUUCCUGUUUCUUCAGUCGGCGGUGAAUCUUCCAUUUUCUCGGUCUCUAGCUCUGGAUCAGAUCCAUCGAGCUGUUUUUUUUAUUCUGUUUGUUUGUUCGUUCGUUUUCUUUUCUGCGCAUUGAAUUUGGCUGUCAGUUUUCCCCCCCUCGUCUUAAUUCUUAUCCAUUACUGCAUAUAUAUGUGUCUUUCCCGUCAGUUCUAUCUUAUUUAAUUUUGUGGAUCUAGAGCAAGAGUUUCAUUUCUUGCUCAUCGUUUUUUAGUAAGCUGAUUUCUGAAUUAGGAUAUGAUUUGGAGAGGAUUUAUGGUUCUGAUAUAGAAAAGUUUCAUUCUUUCUGUAGUUUGUUGCCUGGAUCCAAGGUUUCUUUUUCAGUUGGUUUGGUCAAAGAGCAUGAUGAAUUUCCUUUUCGUUCUGUCCUUUUCUUUCCAAGUUGUUAAUUUUUAUGGGAUCUGCUGAAUCCUUCUAUUGAUGUGGGCUUGUUCCUUCAAACGAAUUGGUUUGAGCUCAUUUGAUCUACUAAUAACUUGUUGAUUUCCUGGUAAGGGAGCCUUUUGAUGUGUGGUUUUUGCUCUAUGUUGUCACAAUUGGUUCCUUACCUUUUUUCCUUAUGCAAAAUUUGGCAGGCGGUCUACUGUUGAUUUACUCAACAAAUUUCGAAGAUGAGUCAAUUUUAUCUUCAGCAGAACGUCGUUGCCUCUUGUGAUGAAGCAAGGGGUAUGGUAUCGAUGUCUGAUCUCAGGGGUCCUGUUGUCUGCCCCAAGCCUCGCCGAGUUGGAAUCCUGGCUAACAAUCCUGUCCGCCCUUUAAGGUGGCAACUGAGUCAUCAGGCGGAUGGGAGCGAUAUAAGUGCCGGGUCAGAGCUUUUGGACAUUAUCCUUAAGAAGGAGGAUUAUGGAGCUGAGAAAUCCGCCGCUCAGGUGGCUUCAUCACCUCCAUAUUUUUGUGGGUCUCCUCCGGCAAGGGCUGCGAAUCCUUUGAUUCGGGAUGCUCAAUUUAGGGAUGAUAAGGUUUUCCAAAACCAACCUUCUCCUUCAUCAAUGCUGUCUCCAUCAGCGGCAUCAGCACGCAAAGGAGGAGGUUGUGUGAGAAUGAACUUUGGGUUUAAGCCAGCUGCAGUUAGAGUAGAAGGUUUUGAUUGCCUCAACAGGGAUCGCCAGAAUUCAAGCAUCCCUGCUAUGGCCUAGAAGUCACAUAAACAGGAGAAAAAAAAAAUCGCCAAGUGUACAUAGAGAGAGGGAGAGGGAUCUACAAAAAAAUGCCCAUCAGUCUCGAAGGAAACCUAAGAAGACUUAUAAUUAACAAGAAGAGGGAAAGAGUUUGUACCUUUUUGGGAGAAGAAGAGUCGAAGUGCUGGAAGGGGGAAGAUUAGUAAUGGUUCCUUGUGUAUAUAUAUGAUGUCUGUGUUUUUGUUCUUUCACCAGGUGAUCAUCUUUCAUCUUGGGCUGAUGAUAUAUGUUUUGUAAAGUAGAGAGAGUUGGAUUUUGAAGAAGAACAAGAAGGGCAGGAAGGCCCUAGGAGAAGGGUGCAGAAACCCUUUUAAUUGGGUGCUCUAGAUAGCUCUGUUGUAAUAUAAGAGAAGGAAUGCAGAAAGAAGGGAUGAAAGACACGCUUAGAUUCGUGGGACUGUGUCUAUUAUUUAAGAGUAUCGUUUUUGGUGAUCACCAUUGGAGAUGCUAUUCUUAAUUCUGUAUAGGGGAGGAGAAGAAUCCUUUGGUGCUUGUGAUUGAAUUUUGGUCAGUGUGACUGCAACAAACCCCCCCUUGUAAAUGUAUUUUGGUUUUAAUUUGGGAUAUGGCUUGGUCAAAGUAUAAUUUAUUAUGCUUCAUUCUUAUUGAUUGGCUUUCUUUUUCAAUACGUCGGGUGUUUUCUUGGACAUGCAGCCGAAGAGUAUGAUGAACAGGUCAAGUAUGGCGGAUGGGGAUGUAUAAUAUUGUUUAGUCAGGUUUGUCGUUUCGUACUAACCGCAUCUGAAAUUUGAUACGAUUUUGGCCACAAGUCAUGCGUUGUGGGCGUUGCAUCAAAUUUUAUAGUUUGGGGUUUUCGUGCACGUCAUCGAAAUUGGAUUUCACUAUUUCUAUUUGUUUCCACUGUCUGUGGUCGCCAGGAUAUUUUACGCCUUGUGGUUGCCGUUGGAAGUAUACUAUCAGUAACCACACGAUUUACACUACUUCCAGACAAAAUGUUCGGAUCUCUGGAGGGGACUGAUGAAUCGGUGCCCAAGAUUCAAGGGUUUUCUUAGAGGUUACAAGCGAGAGAACGACGUUGGUGUCGAUAAAUUCUUAUUUUAUUA